AAUGUACCACAUUUAAUGCUACACUAUAUACCACUUGACUAGGUCCAAUAGCAAUAAUUCAAAGAGUAGACCCCAUCUUCAUAGAAACUUUUCAUAUUUGAUGUCCUAUAUAUGACUUUGUCCCAAAUAUCAUCCAUUUAUCUCUUAUCACUACCACAAUCUAUCCACACAGUUUUUUCUUUCUUCUCAAAUUUCAACAAAUUAACUGAAUCCAUGGCAUCUUCUUCUUCUUCUGGGAGUAAUUCACAAUGUCCUCGACGGAAGUAUGAUGUCUUUCUAAGUUUUAGAGGUGAAGACACUCGCAACACAUUUACGGGUCACUUGUACGAAGGCUUGAAAAAUAGGGGAAUACACACCUUUAAAGAUGAUAUAGAGCUAAAGUAUGGCGAUCCGAUCUCAGAAGAACUCUUGACAGCUAUCGAAGAGUCUCAAGUUGCCCUCGUCGUUUUCUCAAAGGAUUAUGCUACAUCCAGAUGGUGCUUGGAAGAACUAGUAAGGAUCAUGGAAUGCAAUAAGAAAAAAAAUGGACAAAGAGUCAUGCCGGUCUUCUAUAAUGUGGAUCCAUCACAUGUUCGACACCAAAGGGGGAGCUUUGCAGAAGCCUUUGCAAAACACGAAUCGAACUAUAAGGAUGAUGUUGAGGGAAUGCAGAAGGUGAAAGGAUGGAGGGCAGCUUUAAGGGAAGCGGCCAAUCUCUCAGGUUGUGACACCCGUAACAGGAUUGAAUCAGAUUGUAUUCGGGAUCUUGUUGACCAAAUUUCCAAAUUAUGCAAGACUUCUUUAUCUUAUUUGCAAAAUAUUGUGGGAAUAGAUACUCAUUUAAAUGAAGUAAAUUCCCUACUACAGAUGGAAAUCAAUGAUGUUCGGAUUAUAGGGAUAUGGGGAAUGGGCGGCGUCGGUAAAACGACAAUAGCAACAGCCAUCUUUCAUACUCUAUCUAAUCAAUUUAAAGCUGCUUGUUUUCUUGAGGAUGUUAAAGAAAUUGCAAAAAAGAAGCAACUAUUUUCUUUACAAAAUAUCCUUCUCUCUAAACUGUUAGGAAAAAAAGAUGAUUAUGUCAAUAAUAAGCACGAGGGGAAGUGGAUGAUUCCGAGCAGACUUUGUUCUAUGAAGGUGCUAAUUGUGCUUGAUGACAUAGAUCAGUUAGAUCAUUUAGAGUAUUUAGCAGAUGAUGUUGGUUGGUUUGGUAAUGGCAGCAGAGUUGUUGUAACAACUAGAGAUAAACGUCUGAUAGAGAAGAAUGAUGCAAUAAUAUAUGAACUGACUCCAUUACCUUAUCUUGAAGCUAUGCAACUGUUCAAUCAGCAUGCUUUCAAAGGAAAAGUUCCAGAUGAGUUUAAGAACUUAUCGUUGGAGGUAGUAAACUAUGCUAAAGGCCUUCCUUUAGCCCUCGUGGUGUGGGGUUCUAUGCUGUAUAAGAGAGACAUAGAUGAGUGGACAAGUGCUAUAGAGGAAAUGAGAAAUAACUCUAAUUCAGAUAUUGAUAAAAAUCUCAGAAUAAGUUAUGAUGGAUUGGAGUCUAGAGAGCAAACGAUAUUUCUAGAUAUAGCAUGUUUUUUCCGAGGAGAUUAUAAAAAAGAAGUCAUGCAAAUCCUUGAGAGUUGUCAUCUUGGAGCUAAAUACAUCUUGAACGUCCUAAUUGAAAAAUCUCUUUUGUUCAUCUCUAAAAAUGAUACGAUUCAAAUGCAUGACCUUAUACAAGAUAUGGGUCAAAAUAUAGUGAAAAUGCAAAAGGAUCCGGGAGAACGUAGCAGACUAUGGGAUAUUGAAGAAAUCAAAGAAGUGAUGAUCAACAAUACGGGGACCAAGACAGUGGAAGCAAUCUGGACUAGUUAUUGUAAUAAAGGGAUAUGCUUUAGCAAAGAGGCCAUGAAAAAUAUGAAAAUGCUUAGGAUAUUACGCAUAGGGACCGACAAUCCCUCCACUUGCGAUGAUGGCGUCAUUGAGUACCUGUCCAACAAUUUGUGUUGGUUUGUCUGGCAUGCUUAUCCUUGGAAGUCAUUGCCAGCUAAAUUUGAACCCAAAAAGCUUGUUCAUCUUGAACUCCGUUUCAGUAAAUUGUGUCAGUUAUGGAAGGAAACAAAGGUACAACAGUUAAAUUCUAUUUUAUUUUAAUUUUUCUCUCUAACUAUCUAUUCCCUUUAGUAAUGAGCAAAUAUUACUGCUUUUGGCCUGUUUUAUUUCAUAUACUUUCAAUUUUGGCUUGAGCUAAAAUUAUAAUUGAAAAACUAAAGUAUAAAGAGGAGAUGUUGUGAGGGUUUUAUACUUGAAACUAAGUUCAAAAACAAAAUUAAAAUUAAAUAAUUUAGUAAUACUUAAAAGUGUUAUUGAUAAAUUUAAACCACUAAAGGAAUUCCUAGCAAUAGAAUAAAAGUGUAAAAAAUACAUUAAAUAGUAAGAAAUUUUUAUAUUUUUUUAUAUUUUAUUAAAAGAGGAAUAAUAAUCAAAGACAUCAAGUCGAGUGUCAAGCUAAUAAAUGGUCACAUAGCAAUGUACAAUACUAAGUAAUGAAUAAUAUACCAACAAUAAGCAAGGGACAAAAAGAGGACAAAAUUAAAAAGAAAUCAUUGUAAAAUAUAAAAGAAUGAAACUUAUUUGAAUU